AUGGCGCCUCUGACGCGCUAUCGCAUGGACGAUGCAUGGAGUGCAACCGACAUGAGCAGAGAAUACUAUGAGCAAAGAGCUUGCGUCCCGGGCACUCUCAUCGUGAGCGAAGCAACUAUAAUCGCAAAAAAUGCUGCCGGUUGCCACAAUGCUCCUGGAAUCUGGUCCGAGGCCCAAGUGGAAGCGUGGAAGAAGAUCACAACAGCAGUCCACGCGAAAGGUUGUGACAACGUACUCGAGUCCCAAGGAUUCAGGAUGCUGUCAUCCAGCGCCGUCCCCAUGAGUCCCCAAGACCAGACUCCCGAUGCCAUGACAGAAUCAGAGAUAGCGGACGCGAUAGCCGAUUAUGCGGCAGCGGCUAAGAAUGCCAUCGCUGCUGGCUUCGAUGGUGUAGAGAUCCAUGGCGCGAAUGGCUACCUCCCCGAUCAAUUCUUGCAGACGACCUGCAAUAAGCGCAAGGAUCGCUGGGGUGGAAGUAUCGAAAACCGGGCGCGCUUCCACCUCGAAGUGGCCAAGGCAGUCAUUGCAGCUGUGGGUGCCCACCGGACGGCGAUGCGCCUCAGUCCCUACAGUGACUUCAACGGCAUGCUCAUGGACGAGCCGGAACCGACCUUUGAAUAUCUCCUAGCUCAACUAAAACCACUCGGCCUGUCAUAUCUCCAUCUGAUCGAGGCUCGCAUCAAGGGCAACGACGAUGCUGACUGUGGUGGACAGAAGAGCGUAGCUUGGAUGGUGAAGCAGUGGGACCGAGCAAGUCCUAUCGUUUUAGCGGGAGGAUUCAAGCCUCUGUCAGCGCGACAAACGGUGGACGAUACGUUUAAGGAGUACGAUGUUAUUGUUGCGUUCGGGCGGUAUUUCGUGGCUAAUCCAGAUCUCGUCUUUCGCGUCAAAGAGGCGAUACCCUUGACUGGAUAUGAUCGUUCGGUGUUCUACACGCCGAAGAUAGCUAAAGGUUACACCGACUAUCCGCACAGUGAGCAAUUCCUGCUAUCUGCGACGAAGGCAUGA